GUGCAAUGCAGAAGUGCUGCACGUUUGUUUCAUUUUAUUUUAAUUUUUUUUGACACUUGCGCUGGCUAGUUGAUUGGCGGUCGAGCCGCAAUGACGACACCUAUCUCUGGCUUCUUCAGCUCCACCAAGUAACCCGUUCACAAGCCCUCAUCCAUAGCUAACACAACCCAACCUCGCGAAGGAUAGCAAUGCCUUCGUUACCAAACUAUAUACUGCACGUAAGAGAGGCCACACAUGGCCGAAGCAGACGGUAAACUACUGCAAGAGCAGGACGAUGCGUCGAAAAGCGUGGCCAGCCCGGAAGAGAUCGAAGGUGGGAAGUUAGAUUUCACAAGCAGUGCGGACAAUUCGACACAGCCGUCCAGAGAAGGCACUCCCCCACCGCUGCCGCCGCGUCGGGUGCCUGGACAAGUUGCGCAUAGUCCAGCUCCCUCACUACGACUGCGUCGAAGUCCUACGCGACCGGGCACGAGCUCCGGUGUAAGACCACCGCUCCAGGCCAAGGCGACAACGGCAUUGUCGCUCGCAGAUAUACAUGUGCAAUCUCAUGGCAGCGAUGAGAUUCGAACACCCACUUCACGCCACAUCAGCUUCGCGGGCAUGCGCAUUGGCAGGAGCCGAAGCGCAAGUGACGCAGACGACACGUAUAGCGUGCAAAGCUAUGCACCGACUCUUGAAGUUGGAGGCGAGGGCGAAAGUAUGCUUGGUGACGUGCUACAGGACAGCAUGACUCCUGGCUUGAAACCUAUGAGUCCGGCACAGAAAGCUCUAGAGGAGGAGGAGAGUCUCUUUCCACUCGACGCGCGGUUCGAUGAUGCUUUUGAUCAGGAAUUUGACGAGCUAGACGAUAUCACUUCAGACGGACUAAAUGAAGCGCAAGUGAUUCAACAAUGGAAGUCGAAGCUAAAACAUUAUCUUAUUCUCUCCAACGCGGGAAAGCCCAUCUGGUCCCGACACGGCAAUGACACCCUUAUCACGAGCUACAUCGGCAUCAUUCAGACACUCAUCUCCUUUUACCAGGAUGCAGCCUCAAAUCUCAAGGCGUUCACUGCGGGAGGUGUUCGUUUUGUCGUCAUAUCCCGAGGACCUCUCAAUCUCGUCGCCAUCUCCAAGCUCGGCGAAAGCGACGCCCAGCUGCGAGCCCAGCUGGAGGCAUUGUACAUGCAAAUCUUGUCCACUUUGACCCUCCCGGUAAUGGAGCGCAUGUUCCGUGCCCGCGCAUCCACCGACUUGCGUCGACCCCUUCAAGGCACCGAAUCACUCCUGUCUGCGCUCGCAGACGGGUUCACAAGAGGCUCGCCUUCUACACUCCUCGGUGCGCUCGAGUGCCUGCGCCUUCGAAAAUCUCACCGCACGGCCAUAAACAAUACGUUUCUCAAGACCCGCACACCGGCCCUACUUUACGGUCUGCUCGUCGCCAGUGGCCGUCUCGUCAGCGUCAUCCGGCCCCGCAAACAUAGCCUUCACCCCGGCGAUCUGCACCUCAUCUUCAACAUGCUGUUCGAAGCUGGUGGAGUUAAGGCCGGUGGAGGAGAGAAUUGGAUUCCGCUCUGUCUGCCGGGAUUUAACAAUACGGGAUACUUGUAUAUGUAUGUGAGUUUUCUGGAUCUGGAAAAUCCACUGGAGGAGGUCAAGGAGCGCCCAAAGAGUGCCGACGGAAAGCAGGAAGAAGAGGUUGCGAUAUUGUUGAUCAGUGCAGAGAAAGAAGGUUUCUACGAGAUGAGGGCCAUGAGAGAUGAAUUGGUCAAGCAACUUUAUCAAAACAAUUCUCUCAAAGUCGUCCGGGAAGCUGUUCGUCGUGGCAGGCUCUCAUGCACAGACAUCGCGCCUGGUACUGUUCUGAGACACUUCCUGUACAAAUCACGUGGCAAUGUGCAAUUCAUUAUGCCAUCGUACGAUCCUUAUUUCCCAACCUUACUAACGAGGCGAAAACUCCUUACACUUUACACACACCUACAGGCAUCGCUGCACGCGCAUCCCGUACGACCAAAGAUUCAUCAUGAGACAGCGAGUACGCACACGUGUAUCGCGUGGUCCACACCAGUGUUCGAAUUGUACGCCGUCGCGCCUGCGAGCGCAACAAAAAGCGCGUUAGCCAUGGCUGCGAACAAGGUAGUACAAUUUGUGAGGAGGGAAGACGAGAGGGUGUUCAUAAUUGGGGGUGCUGUGUUUUGAAAAACUACAGAGCGGUUUCCAAUGCAGAAGUGUCAACAUGGGGCUAGCGACAGUAGACCUUGUAGCUUCUCCUCUGGGCUGAUACGAAUGCGAACCAAAGUCUUGUGUCUCCGAACGCUUUGCAGGAUUCAAAUGGUGAAUCGAAAAUGGUCUGUUCCAUUAUACUCGGUACAUAUUCGAACUGUCUUCAUGCCCGUUUCCAGGGCAUAUCUCUUCGCACACUUUCCAAGUGAUAUGAACUGUAGCAACUGGCUUGAGCUUCCGAUUAGGACCGUGAAUUUGAAACGAACAAAAUGCAAAAUACAAGUAUAGUUAGAAUAGAAGACGAGUUCCUAUCUAGAGGAAAAGAUCAUUGAAA